AUGGAAACACGGGCCGAAAAGAAGCCCCGCGGCAAAAGGGAACACUUCUGCUCUUCGGUGGCUGGUGAGGGCGUCCUGCCCCCGAAUUUACUGCUGCCCUCCAACCUCAUUGAUCCUGCCAAACUAAAGCGUCCUCCUCCUCCGGCCGACUGCUCCCUGCCUCUGCUCAGGAGUUGCGACGCCGCCCACCGGAGCCCCGUGCACGCCUGGGUGGAGAGCCUGCAGGGCACGGACAGCCAGCCGCUGGGUUUGGCUCAGCUCCAUCCGGACGUCUUCGCGGUGCCUCCCAGGCUCGAUAUUUUACACAGCGUGGAAACGUGGCAGAGAAAUUACAAAAGGAUCAGUCACGCCAACACAAAGGUCCGGUCAGAGGUCCGAGGCGGAGGCAGGAAACCAUGGAAACAGAAAGGAAGUGGGGUCUCUCAUGGACCCAGAGGGCCGACCAGUUAUUACUACAUGUUGCCCAUGAAAGUCCGAGUGUUGGGACUGAAAGUCGCCCUGAGCUCCAAAAUGGCCCAAGGCCACCUCUAUAUCGUGGACUCCCUGGACAUCCCCACGCCGGACUCUCAGUACCUGCUGGACCUCAUCCGACACCGACACUGGGGAGAGUCGGCCCUGAUAGUUGACGUAGGUGACGAGUUCUCCGAAAACAUCCUCCAGGCCACGGCCAGCCUGAAGACGGUGAACCUGAUUCCCGUCAUCGGUCUGAACGUUCACAGCAUGCUGAAGCACGAGGCCGUGGUCCUCACCCUGGACACGCUGGGGUUCCUGGAGGAGAAGCUGCUCUGGCACGACCAGCGCUACACCCCCCUGUACCCCUUCAAGCUGCCCUACGCCGACCUCCCUCAGAGGGAGCCGGACCACCAGUGA